AAAACCACUCAACCAUAGUCUUUGUUCGAUUUUAAUUAAAAUUGCAAGGGUAGUGCUCAGAUUAUGAGCGAAGUGAAACGCAGAGAAAUGAGAGAUAAAAAUAAAAAUAUCCAAGUCUUCGUCCGAAUUCGGCCUGUUAGCUCGCAAGAGAAAGCAGCCCGUUCACCCAUUGUGGUUGAAACUCAAGCUGGCAACAAUAAAGAAGUGCAGGUGGUUGAGAAGAGUUCGCUAACAAAAUCUUCCAACUUUGAUCGGGUCUUUGGGACCAAUUCAAAGCAAGUGGAUGUCUAUAAAAAUGUUGCCGCUCCAUUGGUGGACGAAGUGCUGGCAGGCUAUAACUGCACUGUAUUUGCAUAUGGACAGACGGGGACAGGCAAAACUUUCACCAUGGAGGGUGAAAGGCAUGAAGAAUUGUCAUCUUCAUGGGAGAAUGAUCCAUAUUCUGGAAUCAUUCCUAGAACACUGUCACAUCUGUUUGAUGAAUUGAGGAUUCAAGAAGUUGAGUGUACAGUCCGUGUUUCAUUUAUUGAAAUUUACAAUGAAGACAUCUAUGAUUUGCUGUCUGGAACUGAAGACACUACCAAACUUCGCUUGUAUGAUGACACAACCAAGAAGGGCUCAGUCAUUAUCCAAGGCAUGGAGGAGGUAACUGUGCACAACAAAAACGAAGUUUACAGUAUUUUGGCUAAAGGCUCGCUCAAGCGUCAAACAGCAGCCACGCUAAUGAAUGCCCAUUCAAGUCGCUCGCAUACCAUCUUCUCCAUCACUGUUCACAUCAAGGAGAACACCGACGACGGCGAGGAGCUCAUGAAGAUUGGCAAACUGAACCUGGUCGAUUUGGCCGGGAGUGAGAACAUUGGUCGAUCUGGGGCCGUUGAACGCCGAGCUCGUGAAGCCUGCAAUAUCAAUCAAUCGUUGCUGACACUUGGUCGUGUUAUCACUUCCCUCGUCGAGCGUGCUCCACACAUCCCAUACAGAGAAUCGAAACUGACACGCUUGCUUCAGGACUCUCUGGGCGGCCGAACUAAAACGUCUAUCAUCGCUACCAUCUCGCCAGCGGCCGCCAAUCUGGAGGAGACUCUAUCAACCCUCGACUACGCCCACCGAGCCAAGAACAUCACCAACCGACCCGAGGUCAAUCAGAAGCUCACGAAAAAGGCCCUACUCAAGGUAAUCAUCGCAUACUUGAGUGCGCGGAAUCCUAUCAGCUUUCUCCUCCGCCCUCAUCCGACUUGUCUCGAAAUAUCCUGGCCGGUUUUAACGACCUAUCCCACACUACUUACUGCCACUGCUUGGCUUGACUAAUGACAUGGGCCUUUCCACA